ACAAUCAUAGCACGUUAUGUUAUUCAUUCAAAGUUAUGAGAAAUAUCCUUAAAAUCAAAUAAAAAUGAACUUCUACCAGAAUUGCAUCGUAUUCUUUAUAACUCAUAAAUACAUUUUAUGGAUGCUAGUAUCACAACGAAUUCUAUACACGUCGUCUGUUACUUCAAAACAUUUUGACUACGAAGUAUCAGAAAAAAGUGAUUUACCGUUCAUUCAUUAUCAUGGUAAACCUGAAACUAAAGAAGAAAAGGAAAAUAAGAACGCUAUGGACACAUAUAAUUUAGCUUUAACAAAUGAUAUGGAUGAGGAACAAUGGAAGAAUAACCUUAUGGACGGUGAACAAUAUAGUAAUAAUAAUAAUAAUCAACACAGUGUUGAGAUUCCGUUUUAUUGGGUAGUUGGUGUUGAUGGCCGAAAGCAUAAAAAGAAAAAAACCCACGCUCAUUUACGAAAAUCGAGAGAUGUAACUUAUCACAAAUCACAUCAUAAAUCACCACUGAAAUCAAGUAAAUAUAAUGAUCAAGAAUUCAAUAAACAUUUGAAAACGAAAGAAAAUAAAAUAAAAUAUAAAAACUUGCAUCAUAAUAAGCACAAGAAAUUAGAUGAUGAAACAAGUCAUAAAUUGAAAGAUGAAUCAAGUGAUACAUUAAGUAAACAUCGGCAUGUUUUAAGAAGAAAAAAAACUAGAAAAACAUCAUCUCAUAAAAUACACAAGAGAUCAAGUAAAAAAUUAACGGAUUCAACAAUAGAUGAUAAUAUGACAAUGAAAGAUUCAAAUGAGUUGAAUAAAAAAGUGAGUAAAAGAUCUUCUAGCCUAGAAGAUUCAAAUAAUUCAGACAAAGUUGUAAAGAAUGUAGCAAAAACACAUUCAAGUAAAAAUUCAAAUAGAAAAACAGACAAGGUAUUAAAAAAUCAGCGAAAAUUAGACACACACAAUAAUUUAGAUAAAGCUCAUGAUAGUAUAAAGAAUAAUUAUCAAAAACGUAGAUCGAGUAGUAAAAUAGAUAAACCAAGUAAAAAAUUAAAAGAUGCUCACACUAACCAAUCAGAUAAAUAUUCAGACAAGCAUCUGAAACAAAAACAAAACGAUAAAUUAAAGGAAGGGUCAAAUAGUGAAUCAGAUGAUAACUUAAGUGAUUCAACAGAUAUUGAAGACAGUGAUGAAGCAGAUAAAAAUGUCGAUAAUUUAAAAAAAAAAAAUCAGCACCAAAAAAGAAAUAGUCAAUCUAGAAAAAAACCAAACAAUAAAUUAAAAAAAGUGACGGAUAAACAUCACAGUGAUUUAAAAGACAAGUAUACUGAAAAACAAUCGAGUAAUAAAGCAGGUGAAAACUCAAGUGAAAAUGAAUUAAAAGAAGUAGAAAGUGAUGAUGAAUCAGAAAAGAAAUUGAAUGAUUCAAUAACCAAUGAACAUAGUGAUGUAUCUAACAAACAAAAUAACCAUAAAAAAAAGAAAUUAAAUAACAAAGUCGGUACAACUUCAAAUAAUAAACUAAAACAAAAAUCGAGUGAUGAAUCAGACGAGGAAUUAAACAAUACAAUACGCAAGGAACAUGGCAAUAAAUCUAAUAAACACGGCAAGAAUUUAAAAAAUAAGCAAAAAAAACAGAAAUCAAAUGACAAAGUCGGCAAAACUUCAAAUAAUAAACUGAAACAAGAAUCGAGUGAUGAAUCAGACGAGGAAUUAAUUAGUCAAAUGCACGAUGGACAUAGUGAUGACGAUAAAUCUAAUAAACAUGCUAAGAAUUUAAGAAAUAAACAUCAACAUCAAAAAUCAAUUAGUAAAGCAGGCAAAAAAUUAAAAAACGAAUCAAAUAGUGAAUCAGAUGAGGAGCUAAAUGAUUUGAUGAACAACGAUCUUAGAGACGUGGCUAAUAAACAUAGCAGCCAUAUUAAACAUAAAUCAAACAACAGAGUCAGUAAAAAUUCUGAAAAAAAUGAUAAAUUAAAACAAGAGUCAAGCGGUGAAUCAGAUGAGGAAUUAAAUAAUUCAAUGGACGAUGAACAUAGCAAUGGAUCUAAUAAACAUCAGCAUCAAAAAUCGAAUAGUAAAGUAAGUAAAAAAUCAAGCAAUAAUCUAAAUGAAGAACCAACUGAUGAAUCAGAUGAUGAAUUAAAUGAUUCAAUAAACGAUAAACAUACUGAUGUAUCCAGUAAACAUGCUAACAAUUUAAAAAAUAAACAUAAAAAACAGAAAUCAAAUAAUAAAAUGGGUAAAAAUUCAAGUAAUAAAUUAAAACAAGAAUCAAGCGGUGAAUCAGAUGAAGAAUUAAAUAAUUCAAUGCACAAUAAACAAAAAGAUAAAUCUAAUAAACAUGCUAAUAAUUUGAAAAAUAAACAUCUGAAUCAAAAAUCAAAUGGUAAAGGAGGCAAAAUAUUAAGUCAUAAACUAAAAGACGGAUCAAGUGGUAAAUCAGACAAGAAUUCAACAAGCAAGGAAUCGAGCAGUGAAUCGAAUAAUUCGCAUAUAAAACCUCCAAAUAAGAAACAUAGAAAGAAAUUGGAAACUAAAAAGGACAAGAAAGGUAAAACAUUUAAAGACAGUCCAGUUAAUAAAUCAGCUGAUAAUACAAACAAAGAAUCAACCGAUGAUGAGUCUAAUAUUGUGGUCAAUCAUACCAUCUCAAGUCAAAAAUUAAGACCAAAAUCAAUCACUAAAACAAAGAAGAGAAAUAAUAAACUAAAACAUAAUUCGAAAAAUAACUCAAAUAAGGAUUUACAAGAAGAUGAUCAAUCAGAUGAUUUAAUUAAAAUUACUCAACAAAAUUAUUUUUCUAAUCGUCAUGUGAAAGACAAGGAUCCAUUGCUAGAUGAUUCGAAAUAGCAUUCAAAUAAAAACAAAAACCAAUCAUUUUU